AUGGUGUUUGCUUACACUGAACGGUACUAUGGAUGUACGGUGCUAUACACCCCCAGUAUCCCAUUAAUGACGGGCCCUCGGAACGAAGACGGCAUUUCCAUCGGUGACUUUACCAUCCGGCACUGGCUCUCUCACCGAACUUAUGGCAAUAGUCAUACCGAGAUUGCUGCUCUUUCCCAAGCACUGGAAGAAGUUACCAAGCGUAUUGAUCAGCACCAGCCGGACAAAUCGAUCGUCAAGAUUUUCACCGAUUUUGAUGGAUCCUUAUCACGAGUUCAGAAGGGCAUUCUUAGUCACAAGACCACAACUACUGCCGACAGCCGCAAGCGCAAGCGCGAGCUUACCAAGAAAGAACAAGCAGACACAUCGUUCUUCGUGGAGCACACCAACCCGUUUGUCCAAGCAUUGGUGUGGCAGUCGCAUUACCUCUCCGACCGCGGAUGCACUAUCGAAAUGCACUGGAUGCCCCGCAACACGACACUGGGUCAUAAGUUGGCCGAUUACAUGGCCGGUCAAUGGAGGCGCAACUCGGACGCUGCUUUUCAUCAGAAGUCCUUGCCACACGAUCAGAGGGACGGCAUUUUGGACAAGUUGCAUGGGGCAGUUGGCGCCAUUGAGCAUGGAAGAGCCUCUGCUGUCCUAGACUCUCAAAAACCUGCAAAGAGAAAGAUUAGGCGUGCCAUCGGUGCCAGGAAGAAGAGUUCCAAACGUAUUGCCCUCCUCGACAGUGCAACCGACUACAUUCCCCUGGACUCUGGAUCCGAAGACAAACUUCCGCCCCAGCUGCAAUCCCAGAAGAAGAAGAAGAAGAAGAAGAAGAAGAAGAAGAUCGAUGAUGCGAUUAGGGUCCAAACAAGAAGUACGGCAGACUAUAUCCUGUUGGACUCUGAUUCUGAGGAGGAACCUCAACGCCCGAAGAAACGAAGGAGGAUCAGGCGAACGGCUGGGGCCAAGAAGGCGAGUGCAAGAAACUAUGUUGCCGUCGACAACCCAAGCGACUACAUCGCUCUGGAGUCUGAGUCUGAGCAGCAACCCAAGCCCACGCCACGGCCUCCGAAGGAAAAGCAGGAGAUCAACGAUACGGCCACAGGCAAGCAAAGAAGUACAAGUGACUUCAUUCUGCUCGACUCCGAUUCCGAUGAGCAAUCCGAGGCCAAGCGGCCGCAAACUCCGAAGAAAAGGAAGAAGAUUGGGGGCGCCAUCCCGACGAAGAAAAAGGCUCCGAUGCAGCAGCAGGCUGAACCCGCAGCGGCUGGAUUCCUCAGCGGUCAGGACCAUGACUUCGCCUUCGACUCGGGCAACCUGCCCUCCUUUCCCACGCCCAGCCAGGAGCACGCAAUCCACGAUCCUGAGUCCGGUCAUGCAAGUCCCGGUUGCUUUUUGUGUCAAGGCGAUGAGUACCCGUAG